CUCGUGGCUGCCAUCCUCCCCAUCACCUCGGCACCAGAUGUCCUUGCACUCCUCCAGGCUACUGCCGAUGUCAUCACAAGACUACACCUCUCGAUAGCCAUGGACAUCGACGGCGUCUCGGGCGCGGAUACUAUUCAGCGCCUCUCCGCCAUCCCUUGGUGUCGCACCCUCCUUGAAUCGCCUGAAUGGACACGAACACGGACACAAUCCCGUGUGCCGAAGGCGUCUACCGAGGAUGCGUUGUUCGCUGAGACACUGGGGACGCAGCGCACUAUAAGAUCGUGCACGGCAUUUAGGCCUACGAGAGAGUGUGCGAUCGGGGGGGAGUUGUGCUAUGAUGAGCUUCGGGUGAUCUACGAGAUUGGGGAGGGGGUAAGCGGCUGGCCUAAGAUAGCGCACGGGGGUUUUGUGGUGACCCUCCUGGACGAGUCUAUGGGCAUGCUCUUGCAGCUCAACAUAGAUCUCAAAAAACAAAAAGGCGUGCGUCCAAUCGAGGGCGCGAAUGCGUUCACAGCAUACCUCAAUACAGCUUACAAGAAGCCUGUUCCUGCGCCUGCGACAGUGUUGUGCACUGUCAAAUUAACCCGACGCGAAAGAAACAAGUUAUACAUUCGUGCUACGGUUGAAGAUGGCCAGGGAACUGUCUGUACGAUUGGGGAUGCCAUGUUUGUAGAAGUGAGAAGCAAGAUAUGAAGACCUUCGAGAUGUUCGUCAGCAAAAGCUUGCCUUUGGCAAACAUGUCCCACAGUUGAUGCUAUGGAAAAGUUGAAGCUAUGGAAUGUAGUGCUGAGGUACAACGGACCUGUGAUGAAGACCA